AUGAGUCGGCCAUCAAUCGCGCGCGAGGAGAGGCAGCGGGAGCGGGAACAGAUGAAAAGAAACCGCGAUGUCUUACUGCUCUACGGCUCGGCCUUUGCCAACAUCCCCUACAUUGAACAUGUGCCGAAACAUUGCCCACGGCCGUCUCCAGAUACUGUCCUUACAGCCCUGUGUCAACUGGCCGCCAUCCGACUCAAUGCUGAACGAUGCAUGGUCUCGCUCCUAGACGAAGAAAGCGGUCGCCAACACUGGCUUUCUGAAGCUACGCGCGAUCUUGCACUUCGUCCAGAGAUGCCAGGAGAUGCGCCCGAGACUCUUUGGUUGGGAAACGUGAGUACUCCACGAAGCUGGGGCUUGUGUAAAGAGCUGCUGAGCUUGUCCCCCGAAGACGAACCAGUCUUCUCCAUCGACGAUCUUACCAAAGAUGGAAGAUCCACCUUCCGAGACCACAUCAAGGGCAUCCCUGAGAUGCAUUUCUUCGCUAGCACGGCGCUCAAGAGUCCCAAUGGUUGCAUCGUCGGCUCCAUGUGUGUCUUUGACGGCAAGUCACGUGAUGGGUUAACCAAAGAAGAGGUUGUUCUCUUACGGGGUCUAGCAGCCACCGUUAUGGACCAUCUUCAUACAUACACGGUUCAGGAUUGUUACCGGCGCGGGGAGCGCUUCACUCGCGGCCUUAUCUCAUUUGCCGAAGGCGCUGCAGUCAUAUCGCCACUCGACACAGGCAGCAACAUCGAUCCCACCCAGAAAGAUGCAACGAAUGUAGUACAUCUACAAAGCACCUCAGCUCAUUCACCUCCUAGACCUGACGCGUCUAAACCUGCCAUGCCCUCCGUCGACACGAGUAUCGCUGCAUCUCCUGAAGGGACUGCGAAGCCUACCUCCCCACCUACCUCGCCAGUGUCCAAAACCCGCAGCGAAUCUGUCCGAAAUCAGGCUAUAGAGAAACUUCAAAACGAAAUCUUGCCCAUGAACGCAAAGUCCAUGUUUUCACGAGCUGCCAGUAUUAUGAUGGCUUCCAGCGAUCUCGACGGAGUGCUCAUUCUCGACGCCUCAGUCGCUGCCAAUUACCAGCGACACGGCCCACGGGGCUUUGCAAAUGACACUGACACUCCUUAUGAGUCCGACAUUUCGAAAAUGUCCUCUAGUGACAGCGCAAGUGGUACCGAUGGAAUUGCCUCGAAUUGCGCUUCAUCUCGUUCAAGCUCAAAAAAAUGUCAAGUGCUUGGAAUGGCGACCUAUGACCGGAUUGGCGAGGUACAGCUCGCAGAUAUUCUUGAAGCAGACCUUGGACGACUUCUCCAGGAAUUCCCCAAUGGCAAAAUCAUCACUUUUACUACCAAUGGUCUUAGUCUGUCUUCAAAUGAUGAUAGCUCAGAUCUGCCUGGUGCUGAUGGUGUAAAACCCUCGCAAUCUGGGGAGCCACCGAAGCGAACGGCUAGUCAAAAAUCACUAAAAGGAUCCAAAGCCGUGCAAGCAAUGUUUCCUGGUGCUCGUUGCGUCGCCUUCGUACCAUUCUGGGACUAUGAAAGGAAAAAGAAGCUCCAGAUCAUGUCCAUGUUCUGUGUCGGUUUCAUCAUUACGAUUGUCAGCUGCCUUCGACUCCAGGCCUUUGUGCAAUUUGCUAAAACUCAGAACCCAACCUACGACAAUACUUCCGGUCUUUAUUGGUGCGCGACCGAAUCCAACCUCUUUACAAUCGUUGCCUGCAUGCCAGCCAUGCGUAGUAUCCUGCAUAAGACAUCGAGGCGCUUCCGCGACAUAAGUAGCUACGCAAGCAAGGGUCACUACGACCGUGACGGCUUAGGCAAAGGGUCGUACUUGCGUCAUGACUCCGAGCAGCAGCAAAGGUCUAGGUCUGGCAGUCUUCCAUUUGGUGUAAUCUCUAAGUCGACUGAUGUGAACAUUUACUACACAGAACGAUCGGAUUCGGAUGUUGAGCUAGUUGAUCGCCCGCCUGGUACCUGA